GAUAACCCCCCCUUGUUGUCAGGAAUAAACAAUACGAAGAAGCCCACAGUAAUAACCAAUAUGGCUGUAGACAGAGAAGUAUAAAAUGUGUUACUUGAAAACCAAGCUGAUUUAACACAUUAUCCACCGUAUUACAUUACCGUCGUGUUUAAGAAUCAGUAUAAAAAAGUGUUGUUGCUUUAGUCAAAAACGGAACCGUGGAGUCAGAAUGAGCAAUAUUUAUAUUCAAGAGCCUCCAACGAAUGGAAAGGUGCUGAUGAAAACAUCAGCAGGUGAUAUUGACAUCGAGUUGUGGUCCAAGGAGGCUCCGAAAGCAUGCAGGAACUUUGUGCAGCUGUGCAUGGAAGGAUACUAUGAUGGCACAAUAUUCCACAGAUUGGUGCCUGAAUUCAUUGUUCAAGGUGGCGAUCCAACUGGGACGGGGACAGGUGGAGAGUCCAUCUAUGGUCGUCCAUUCAAGGAUGAAUUUCACUCCCGACUGCGCUUCAUUAGAAGAGGCUUGGUUGCCAUGGCCAAUGCUGGGCCACACGAUAACGGCAGUCAGUUUUUCUUCACUUUAGCACGUGCAGAUGAGCUCAACAACAAACACACCAUAUUUGGCAAGGUCACAGGAGACACGGUUUAUAAUUUGCUCAGAUUAACAGAAGUCGAAUGUGACCAUGAUGAAAGGCCUCUAAAUCCUCACAAAAUCAAAACCACUGAGGUGCUUCACUCUCCUUUUGAUGACAUUGUGCCUCGUGAAUCAAAGAAAACCAAAAAGGAAAAGGAAAAAGAGGAGGGAAAGAAAUCACAGUCCAAAGCCACAAAGAACUUUAGUCUUUUAUCCUUUGGAGAGGAAGCUGAAGAGGAAGAAGAGAUGGCGAGUCAAGUCAGCCAGACUUUUAAAGGGAAAAGUAAAAGUAGUCAUGACCUACUGAAAGAUGAUCCCCAGCUGAGUUCUGUUCCAGCAGUUGAUAAGAAGAAAAAGAAAGGAACACCAGGAGAGGCAGCUGAGUCAGAUGAGGACAAGGUCGAAGGUGAUGCUGACAGUGACUUGGAUGAAGACGAAGAAUACGAUUCUGAUCAGAAAGAGAAGAUGAGAGACCUCAUCAAUAAAAAGCUAAAGAAAGACAAACACACAGUAGUGACAGAUGAGCCCAGUGAGGAAGACCGAGGGAAGAAGCCAAGCCGCAGCGAGGAAUUACGCAAAGAAGCGCGACAGCUGAAAAAGGAUCUGCAGGCCAUAAAGCAAAGGAAAGAAGAAAGUUUGAAACCUCCUGUUGAUGAAGUCAAGGAGGAGGAAAAAAAGCCAUCCAAUGAGGCAGUGGCUGAAUACCUGGAGGGAAGAAAGAAGUAUGAAGAGAUGAGGAAACAGAAACUGAAGAAGGGCUCAACCAGAGAGCAACAGACACUGGCCCUUCUGAGUAGCUUCAAGUCCAAGUUAUCUUCGGCCAUCACUGACACUCCGGAGGAAAACUUGGAGGAGCUGGCUGAAGAUGAGGACACAGGAUGGAUGGGCCAUGUUCUGCAGUUUGAUGAGCAAAGCAGAAAAGUCAAGGAUGCCAACAUGCAGGACGAGGACACCUUCGAGAUCUAUGACCCGCGAAACCCCGUCAAUAAACGAAGAAGAGAGGAGAGCAAGAAGAUCAUGAAGGAGAAGAAGGCCAAGAGGUGAGGUCGCGGGGUCGGAGGUCAGGUCCUGCCCGAACCAUGUGAUUGAAGAACAAGUCGUCCACAGCUCCCUGCUUUUCCGCCGCUUCAGACUUUGCCUUUGUUGAAAAGUGUCUUGGCUUGAACAUCUGGAUUGUGGAUAGUUACCUGAGCACAUAGAAUCCCUGUAGUCUGUGAUGGAACAGCUGCAGUUAGUCUUCUGUUCUUAUGUCAUCUUCAGCUUCAAUGUAAACAUUACACUUUGCCAGAGAAAAUAAAUUUGUUAACAAGA